CAUAUUUCACCGAUUCCCUGAUAGAGACCCUCAAUGGCUCACAGAGCAUAAAGUAGGUUGACAAACCAGAAGGUAUUACGUGGAAGUUCUGACCAUGUCUUAUUACACAGAUGGCAAUGGUAUCGAACAAAUUCCUUGGUGCUCUUGCGGUCAAGCUCGGGCUUCAUACGCACCUGAAACAUUUCAGCAAUCCCUUGCAGUCGCAAAUUACCCACUACGCGGAGGAGAUCCAAACUGCAGAAAACGAAAGUGAGGGAGCAGUAGAUUAUUGGAUUCUUACCAAAGAUCCACCCAAGUGCCUUCCCGACAUGGUUGAAUCGUACCUAGGAGCUGCGUUUGUAGACUCAAGUUUCAAUUUCGAGGUGAUAGAGGAAUUCUUCCAGCGUUAUAUCAAGCCUUACUUCCAGGACAUGACAAUCUAUGACACUUUUGCCAACAAGCACCCUACGACGUUCUUGCAUAACCGAUUGACGAACGAAUUCGGUUGCACCAACUAUUGUCUGAAGGCCGGUGAGAUACCCUCUGUCGAUGGGAGCCCUGUCGGCGUUCUGGCUGCUGUGAUCAUACAUGAUGCUGUGAUCGCCGAAGGAACAGCCUCAUCUGGGCGUUAUGCAAAAAUCAAGGCGAGUGAGAAAGCGCUGGGCGUCCUGGAACAUACCGGGGCAUCGGAGUUUCGGGCAAAGUAUCGUUGUGACUGUCGAGCAACAGAUAGCUUUCAGAGCGUAGACAUCGGGACCGCCAUAUGAAGGCUUCAAUUGAGUCUACAGCACUACAGGAGAGAACCUAUGG